UAUAGUAUUCAAGUUUAAUAGCUUAAUAUUAGAAAUAUUAAAAUGGCAAUUUUUCAAAGUAUUAAAUUAUAUGUCUUAAUAUAUUUUAUGGUUAAGCAUAUUGAAAUAAUAAAUAGUACCAAAGAUGAAAUUGAAUAUUUAUUGAAGCAUGAUGGCUGGAAAAAAUUAAAUGAUGUGUUGUAUAUUACUAAUUUUAAUCAAAAGUACACAUUACAACAAACGUUAGAAAUGCCUAUAACGUCAAAGAAUUGUGCAACUCGCAUUCGUAAUGCAACAAUAAUACUCGGAUGUUCUUACGGCAACGUAUUGAAGACAAUUUUUUUUAUUAUAAACCGUUUUUUAGGGUAUUGUGAAUCAUUAAUACAUCCAGAAAAUGAAAACAAAAAUGCGUGCGACUGCACUAUUGAACUAAUUAAUAUAAUACAAAAUUUAAGUUACUUAGCAACAUUAAUGAACGGCGCAUUAGUUAUUAUAGACAAAUUACAUCAUAACCCAAUGACAAAUUGUAAUAAACUUAUUUUAAGUAAUGUAACUAAUAGCUUGUAUUUCGAAAACACUUUAAAAGUAUCAUUACCUCUACAAAUAAACCAAUUAAAUACUCAAACCGUAUUAAAUACAAUAAAACUUUAUCUUACGUUUUGUGAAGUUAAACUAGAAAAAGAUUUAAAUCAAUGUCAAUUGAAAAUUCCAAAUUUGGAAACAUUAUGGCAAAAAUUAAACAAGAAUCAUCAAGUUUUAAAAGAAACAGGAAAUAAUCAAAACUUUUGGAGCUUUAUAAGUCAGAAAAUCAACAUUUUAAUUCAUUGGACUCUUAUUGAAAAGUAUAAUAAUCUAGGAUUCAAAUUGGACUUGAACACCAAAGAAACAUUUUUACCAGAAAAUUUAUCAGAAGAAAAAUGCUGCUCUACGAAAUAUUCUUCAAAUAAAAUCAAUCAUUUGUUUAAACACACUGGUUGGAAAAAUAUAAAUGAUGUCAACUAUAUCACAUAUUCGAAUUGUAAUCAUUCAUUGCAAGAUAUAAUUCAAAAUACUUAUAGAUAUGAUAAACAAUUACGUUGUAUGACGUUAUUACUUGGAUGUUCUUACGCAAACAUUUUAAAGAAUAUUUUACUUAUGUUAAAUCAUUUUCAAAAUCACUGUAAAUAUUUUUCAAGUCAAGAAAAUGUGCACACUUAUGCGUAUAAUUGUACUAUUGAACUUCUAAAAACUAUACCGUUUUUAACUUCAUUAGUGACACAUAUGGGAGGUGCCUUAUAUGCUUUAGAUAAAUUCCUUAGACACCCAGUAGAAUAUAAUUAUAUAAAAACAUUUAUUGUAAAAGUAUUACUUAAGGAUCUUCAAGAUAAAAAAAUUUUAAAAUUAUUACCACUUUUGCAAGUCAAUCAAUCGAAUAUUGAUGAAACAUUAUCGAACAUAUUUACUUUUCUUACUAAAUGGAAUGAAAAACUACAUAAAGGCAUGAGUUUUUGUAACUUAAAUUCCGAAAGUUACCAUUCAAUUUGGCAAAAAUUAAGUCAUGAAAAUAACAUUACUGAAAUGGAUGAGAGUAAUUUCAAACGUUAUAAUUUUUUCAACUUUAAAAUAAUAUUAUUUUCUCAGUGGGCGAUUCAAGAAAGAUAUCUUGAUUUAGGGUUUAUAUUCGACACAGCUACCAAUGAAACUAUUAUACCAGCUUUACUAGAUUCACCCGAAGAAGAAUAUAUUGAAGAUUUUACAAGCGCUUCUACUCAAAUGCUGGAUUCCAAAAAUAUUGAAGAUAAAAAUGAGAAUAAACAUGAAGUAGAUUCACCAUUGAUAUAUAUUCCCGAAGAUAAAAGAUCAUUCAAUAAAUAUCUUUAAAAUACUCCAUAUGGGUACAAAUUCAAUCAUACGUAGAAUACUAAAUAGGAUUAUUCAAUUUAUAAAAAUUGUUUGUUUGGUUAUAUUAUAAAUAAUAAUGUACACAUAUUAGUGAAUCUUUUAUUAUAAAUUCAAAGAAUUUUACUAUUAUAAUAUUAGAUUUUUAUUUUAUGUAUAUUUGCAUAUAAUUAAAAGGAGUAUUUUUAAAUUAUAUA